AUGGUACAAGAUUUAACGCUUACAAUUAAGGGAGGAAACUCAUUAAUUAUUGAAACAAGUCAAAAAACAGGUAAACCAAGAACACUUAUUUUUGAGGCAGAGCCCGAAGCGGGUAAACUUGGUUAUGGCGGGGUUGGAGAAAUUGAUAUCGGAAAUUAUGAAGAGUUUGGAAAACCUACAAAUAUAGGAAUGCGGUUUACUAUUAAAGAUAGAAGCGGAGAAGUAGAUGGUGCCGAUUUUGCUAGGUUGGUGGAAUUAUCUGAACAAGUAAACAAAGAAGUGAGCAACAAUGUUCACCUUCACAAUUUUGCCCAAACCAUUACUUCUGUCUAUUCGAUGGGACAUGUUAUGGUGCCAGACAAUUCAAGGAAAAAUGAUGCAAUUUUCCUGAAUAGCAGAAAAAUUUUACUAAAGAGAUUUUAUGAAAGAGCAACCAAACUUAUCCAAAAAGCCCAAACCCCAGAAGAUAAAGAAAAAUUCAAAAAGUGGAUUAAUGAUAAAGUUAACGGAGUUUCGGCUAGUGAUAUUUUAGAAGAAGCCCCGCCCUUGAAAAUAAUAAGUGGAGAUAUUAAUGAUUAUUCUCACCGCAAGGUAGAAGUGAUAGGUUUAAUUGAGGAGUUUGAUAAUUCCCAAAAAAUUUGUCCGCAAUGUGGUAAACAAUUUCCGACUCUCUCAAUCUCCCAUAAUGGGAAAAGUUAUUGUAGUGAGGUAUGUAAGCAAGCCGCUAAUAAUGGUAAUAAUGAAUACACCUGCCAAAAAUGUCAGGGUAAAUUUACUGACACUCCCACUAUCAAAGAUAGCAAAAAAUAUUGUAGCACUUGUGCCAAAACUAUACCGGACAAAGAUAAGGAUGAUUUGUCUCAAACUAAAAUUAAUGCUAUCUCUGCUAUCAAUAGAGCUUUAAAUGAAAACCCUUUGGCAGAGGAAAUUAAUUCUUUUAAAGACCAGGUGCUAAGCAACAUUAAUAAAAAACGUACCCAAAAAAGAACUCGGGAAGAAAUAAAAGAAGAAGUUAAAGAACUAAAAAACAAAACCGGUCCAGAAUUAUACGAAGGAGUUAAAAAAUUAGAGAAGCGAAGUAAAACCAAAGAAGAUAUUAAAGAAAUUAUUGAAACUAAAAUGACCGAAUGUGGAGUAAAAGAAGAUGAAUUGGGUUCCGAAGAAAAAUCCAUUCUCGCUAAGAUAAAAAAUAAGGAACAUAGCGAUAAAGAACAAUUUAAAACCGAUAAAAUUAGGUUAAUUGAGUUUAUUUAUAAUAAAGAAAUUGACAAAAAAAUUAAAGUGCUAGAAGCAGAAGUAGAGGCGGCUAACACCAUCGAAAAGAAAAAAAUUGCGAAAGAUAAAAUAUUAGAAAUAUUGAAAGAAGAUAAUAUUUAUGUUGAGAAAAACAAAGCCAAGUUUGAUAGUUUAAUGGUUAAGUUAAAUUCGAGCAGUGGUUUAAAUAAUGAUAAUUCCGAAGAAUUUCAACCUCGAAGCGAAUUUCAUGAGGAUAAAGACAAUUACUUUAUUGAAACUGAAUUACCAGGGGUUAAAAAAGAAGAUAUUAAAAUUGAUUUGGAGGAAAACAUUUUAAGGAUUCAUGGAGAAAGGAAAGAGAAAAAAGAUAAGGAAAACACUAAACAACAUUAUUCGGAAGUGUUUUAUGGCUCUUUUACACGGGAAUUCAUUUUACCUACUUCGACCGAAAAAGAAGCAAUUAAGGCUCAUUAUGAGAACGGCAUUUUAUCAAUAACUGUUCCAAAAUCGGCCAAAAGCAAAGCCCGAACGAUUAAAAUCGAGUAA